CUAUGCAGAAGUGAGAAUAUGGAAUAUUUUCCCUUAAAAUUCUGCCUUUUAAACAGUCUCCUGAUCUCUGAAUUGGGUGAUAGGGUUAUUGAAGAAAUAAAGGCAUGGUUUUUAGUAUACAUGGAUAAAAAAAUUGGUUUUAUGCUUCUUCUUUUUUAUAUAUAAAAAAAUUUGUGUUUCUUUCUCCUAAAUUCAUAAAAUUCAAACACAGGAGAUUGACCUGGUAAGUUUCUUAUCUGCUAUAAAGUUAUUAGUAACUUAAAUGGGUUGGAACUUUGGAGUUAAAUUUUUAGCUAGUAUGCAUUUGCGUACACAAUAAUUGAUUUCAUUGGUAUCUACAUGCCAAGCUUUUCGUGUGCUUGGCCAAAACGAAAAGUGUAAUGCUGAUCACUAGGUGGUGAGUUUUGACGUUAAAUGUUAAUAUAACUGUAUGGUUGAGUUAUGCUAUACCGUUGAGUCAGUGCAUAUAAGAGUAAGCAGCUAGUUAAACAUGUUACUCGUGUUUGUUUACUGAUUGGUGACUGGAUUGAACUAUAUUUAUAUACCAUCAACUAUAGCAGUGUUGUGUGCACGCUUCAUGAUCAUACCUGUAGAUUGUAAUCGUGAAUACAUCCACACAUGCCUAUGUUUGUGUUCUUCAUGUCUAGCAUUCUGUACAAAACAGUGGUUGGAAAAUUCUUCUUAGGACUGAAGAAUGUGGAGCUUUGCAUCAAAUUGCAUUGCUGGAACUGUGGGAGUGAAAAGUGAUUCUUCAAAGCCUACUCAUUCUACGUCAGAAUGUUCUGAUGACGAGACUUCUAUUAUAGGCAGAGAGGAAGGACUGGAAUGCCCAAUAUGCUGGGAAUCUUUCAAUAUUGUUGAAAACGUGCCCUAUGUUUUAUGGUGUGGCCAUACUCUUUGUAAAAAUUGCAUCCUUGGAUUGCAAUGGGCUGUUGUGAAAUUUCCAACACUGCCUGUUCAACUUCCUCUUUUUAUCUCCUGUCCAUGGUGCAACCUUCUAUCUUUCCGUUUAGUUUACCGUGGAAAUCUUAAAUUCCCUCGCAAAAACUACUUUCUUCUCUGGAUGGUUGAGAGCAUGAAUGGUGAUAGACUGAAAUCACAUUCACCUUUAUGUGGUGAUAACCAACAACACUCACUUAAAGACAAUUUAACCAUGGGAAGCCAGGUAAGCCAUGGAAACCAUCGGAGGGGGCAAGUCCGCCAUCCAGAGGUAUCAAAUUAUAAUCAAUAUCAUGGCAAUACUGGUAAUCUCCUCAAUAUGGAAAGACUCUAUGUUUAUUUUCGGAAGUCACUGUUAUUCUUUGUCCAGGUGACGGCAAAGUUCCCAUUGGUCAUUAUAUUUCUUUUGAUUGUCUUAUAUGCAAUACCGGCCAGUGCUGCCAUUUUGGCUCUGUAUGUACUUGUUACAAUUCUGUUUGCCCUCCCAUCUUUUCUCAUUUUGUACUUCUCUUAUCCUAGUUUGGAUUGGCUUGUCAGGGAAAUCAUCGCUUAAGAUUGUGAACUAGUACAGGCGCCAACUUUGCAAGCAUUAAGUCAACAACAUAUAUCUUCUACUUUGUAAUUAGCCGACAUCCCUUUUACAAGCUCUCAUUUAUCUUCCCAUUCAGGGUCACUCUCAAUCUCUGUAUACUUGAGUCUUGAUUUUAGCUUUAGUUGAAGUUGGCUAGUUGGUGGAACCAGGGCUGUGUGGUUGGGGUAAUGAUAAAUGCUUGUGCCUUUUUCCUGGUGGCAAGUAUUUGUCUGAUUAUGUCAAGUUUUAUUUUGUAUGGAUGGACACAUGGAUGUUACUUCCAAUACAGCUUAUACUAUUAUGUUUCUUAAGUUGUACAUAGUAAUCUUGUUAUUUGUCUGCUAUGUAUGGAAAUACAAUCUGCAUAAUUUGAAAUUAUUGACCUUCCUGUC